AUGCCAUUUGCUCAAAUUGUUAUCGGCCCACCAGGCUCGGGAAAGUCAACGUAUUGUAACGGGUGUUCGCAGUUCUUCAACGCCAUUGGAAGACAUUCUCAAGUGGUGAAUAUGGAUCCCGCUAAUGAUGCUUUGCCUUAUCCGUGUGCUGUAGAUAUUAGAGAUUUUAUAACUUUGGAAGAGGUUAUGCAGGAGCAACAGUUGGGUCCUAAUGGUGGUUUAAUGUAUGCCGUUGAAUCCCUAGAUAACUCCAUUGAUCUAUUCAUAUUACAGAUCAAGUCACUUGUAGAAGAAGAAAAGGCCUACCUUGUGUUUGACUGUCCUGGACAAGUUGAGCUAUUCACGCACCAUUCAUCUUUAUUUAGCAUUUUCAAGAAAAUGGAGAAAGAAUUGGAUAUGAGAUUCUGUGUCGUAAACUUGAUUGAUUGCUUUUAUAUGACAUCUCCUUCUCAGUAUGUUUCAAUUUUGCUACUGGCAUUAAGGUCCAUGCUAAUGAUGGAUUUGCCUCACAUAAACGUUUUUUCCAAAAUAGAUAUGUUAAAAUCAUAUGGGGAAUUACCCUUCAGAUUGGAUUAUUAUACAGAGGUCCAGGAGCUAGAUCAUUUGGAGCCAUAUAUUGAAAAGGAAGGCUCUAGCGUUCUAGGAAAAAAAUAUAGUAAGUUGACUGAAACGAUCAAAGAAUUAGUCUCCGAUUUUAACUUAGUUUCUUUUGAGGUUCUGUCCGUGGAUGACAAAGAAAGUAUGAUAAAUCUCCAGGGUGUUAUUGAUAAAGCGAAUGGCUACAUAUUCGGAGCAUCCGAAGUUGGAGGUGAUACAGUGUGGGCCGAAGCUUCGAGAGAAGGUGCAUUGUUAGAAAACUACGACAUACAGGAUAGGUGGAUAGAUAAUAAAGAAACGUAUGAUAAAGAAGAACAAGAGAAGCGUGCAUCGCUGUUAAAAGAACAAGAACUGCAGAAUAAAACGGUUGAUGUGAAAGAAGAAGAUGAAUGGGAAAAUGCAUUAAAGGAGUGGGAAGAAAAGCAAGAUACGGAGUUUGUCAGAUAG